AUGAGCGAAUCUGUAGUACCUACAUUCCACGACCUAUCUUUCUACUCUCGCCCAGAUGAGAACAAAGUCAGGUAUGAAAAGUUGACUGCUGAGUUCGUCAAGAACUUCGAGGUCAAGCCUGACUUCUUCGCCAGAUCGCCUGGAAGAGUUAACUUGAUGGGAGACCACAUUGACUACAAUUUCUUUUCGGUCUUGCCUAUGGCUAUUGAUGUCGAUGUAGUUGCUGCUGUGAAAACUAACGACUCUGGAGAAAUGGUUAUUACCAAUACAAACAGUGCCAAUUUCAAGAAGGAAACCAUAAAGCUUCCUGAAGAUGGAAGUGUUGUUUCCAUAGAAAAGGAACAUUUCUCGUGGGCAAGUUACUUCAGUUGUAGUUUGAUUGUUGCCCACAAGUACAUCAUGGAAAAGUAUCCCGAGAAGCCAUUGAAGGGCUUGUACAUUACUUUCGACGGCACUGUCCCUACUGGUGGUGGCUUGUCUUCAUCAGCUGCUUUCUGUGUUGCAUCCACUUUGGCCGUGUUGAAAGCUAAUGGUGUGGAUAGUAUCAGUAAGGCAGACUUGACUAGAAUCACUGUUGUUAGUGAGCACUACGUUGGAGUCAACACUGGUGGUAUGGACCAAUGUGCUUCUGUAUAUGGUGAAGCUUCCAAGGCAUUGUUAAUUCAUUUCAGACCUAAGUUGAUUGGUAUUCCAUUUGGAUUCCCAAAGAUCGCUGAAGACGACGAACUCACAUUUUUGAUUUCCAACAGUUUGCAAGUUUCCAACAAGCACGAAACUGCUCCUAUCCACUACAAUUUGAGAGUUGUGGAAAUGGCCAUUGCUUCUGACAUCUUGGCAAAGAAGUUGAACCUCAACCCUCCCAGAGAUUCUAACGUCUCAACUGCUACUUUAAGAGGUGUCUUGGACUCUUAUGUUGCUGAAGUGUUGAAGCAAGAAAAAUGGGACGCUGACGACUACCAGACUGGUAUCAAGCACUUAAACACUCUUUUGGAGAUUGUUGAAAGAGAAUCUAUAUUUAAUGCUGAACAGAAGGUUGGAUUCUCUGUAGAAGAAGCAGCAAAGGAGUUAGGAAUUACUGUUGAAGAGUUCAAAGAGAAGUACUUAUCCAAGAUUCCAGUUAGAUUCGAAACCUUGAAAUUGUACCAAAGAGCAAAACAUGUCUACGCAGAGAGUUUGAAGGUAUUGGAGUGUUUGCUGUUGUUGGGAGAGUUCAGCAAGUCGUCGAAGAACCCACAACAAUUUCUCGAAGCUUUUGGUAACAUUCUAAACGAGUCGCAAAAGUCUUUGGACUUGUUGAACAAUUCCUCUAACGAGAAGUUGAACAAGAUCUGUGAAAUUGCCCUUAAGAAUGGUUCCUACGGUUCCAGAGUCACAGGCGCUGGAUGGGGUGGAUGCAUUGUUCACUUGUCAACGAGCAAAAAAUUACCACAAUUACAAAAGGCUCUUGUGGACGAAUACUUUAAAGUUGAGUUCCCCGCAAUCACCCAAGCGGAGUUAGAUGAGGCCAUUAUCAACAGUCAACCUGCUACAGGAAGUUGUGUUGUCUUGUUAGAGUAGAUAAAAUAUGACAUUACAUCUGCAACUUGCAGCUAGAAUACGAAAUACGGGGACAAAAAUAGCACAGCAGCGAGGGAAUCCACAAUCUCCAACAAUAAACUUAAAACUAGCUUAAGCUGACAAGAUUGCUCUGUUACAUAGAAAAAAAUAUGUGUAGACUUUUACGAUAAUCUGAUGAUUACGAAAUCU